UUUUUAUAAAAUGAUAGACAACGAAUUCGAAAUUGCUAAAGUUAUUGGGAUGGGAGGAAGCUCCAAAGUCUUCCUAGCUCAUGCCUCUGAUGGCAGCAAGGUAGCAAUUAAAGCUAUCAGGAAGGACAAAAAAUAUACAAAAGCAGCUGCAUCCUCAAUGCUGAACAGAGAGUAUAGCAUGCUUCAAAAGCUAGAAGCCCAUCCCAACAUUAUUAAAUCUCUUGGUGGUAAUUUUGAUGGGCAAGUGGUUUUAAAAUAAUGAAUCUGAGGAUAUAAUGUACAAUGUCUUGGAAUACGCCCACCAUGGUCCUCUUUCCAAAUUUGUCAGAUACACUGGUGGACUAGAGGAGGAAAUAGCUAGGUUGUAUAUAUAUCAAAUCGCUGAUGCAAUCCAUUUUAUCCACAACCUAGGAUACGCUCAUCUAGACAUUAAGCUAGAGAAUAUUCUUUUAGACAAAUUUUUUAAUAUUAAAGUUGCUGAUCUUGGUUCCUGUACUAAUAUCAAGGAUAAGAAAGGGUUCACAAAAGUUAGGAGAGGGACACUAUUAUACAUGGCGCCAGAAGUCGCUGCCUUAAAAGCGAAACAGGAAUUUGACGCGAGAUCUGCUGAUAUUUAUUCACUUGGAGUAACCAUUUACCUAUUAUUAACCGGUGAAUUCCCAGAUGCUCAAGAGGUGCAAAACAGUUUUAUUACCUGUGCAUCCGAAAGAAGGGAGACCUUAGAUACAGAAAUGGAGGAGGAUUAUAAAACUAAAGAUGCUUUUUCAACUUUGUCUGAAGAGGUGAAACUAUUGAUCCAAAGUAUGCUUCACCCAGAUUCAUGUAAAAGACCUACCAUCUUCCAAGUUUUGGAAUAUUCAUGGAUGGCAAAACCUUUCUCAUCCGAUAUUUUAGAAGAAGUUUUUAAUGAGAUGAAUUAUCGAAAGAAAUACAUUGUGGAGUACUGAAAGAACCAAAAGGCUCCUCUUGGGCAAUUAGCUCCAGGAAGUUAAAUAUAUCUUUACUAGUUGCACUUAUCAACCAAGAUUAUAUUUUUCAUCAAUAAUCUGAGGAUAUAAGUAACUUUGUUUCUAAUUAUGAAUGUCUAGAAAGGAAUUACUAGUAUCACUAAAUGGUUGGAAAGCUCA